UGCCAAUUCAGGGGCACGAUACCUAUAUCGGCAUAAACACGAAUACGAUUAUAAUUAAGAUAGAUUCAAACCGAGAGAGACGAGAUUCGAGUUUCAUGAGUCAUAACUGAAUAGUUGGGAAAUGUGUUGCGGCACAGAUUCAGUUGUGGAGAGAACCUCAAAGGCUACCAAUGAACAUAUAUAAGAGGCCGUUACCAUCGAAUGCAAAAAUCAGUCUUGAUUAGAGGCUUUCAGAUACAUCAGAAAUACCAACUACAACUACAUCAUAUGCCUAUUCAUACCGAAAACCGCAAUAAUGGCCUUAAAUUUCACCACUUUUGACGUCUUUACCACUACCCCCUUCCAAGGCAACCCCCUCGCCAUUGUACAAGUUCCGAUCGGGACAUAUCUAUCGCAGGAUCAAAAGCAGCUCAUAGCGCGCGAGUUUAACCUCUCGGAGACCGUCUUCUUGCACGAACAGACUCCAGAGGAUGUACGCAGCUGGGUUGCUCGCGUAGAUAUCUUCACCCCGCUUGCCGAGGUGCCAUUUGCCGGGCAUCCGACGAUUGGGACGUCUAACUUCUUGCUCCACCAUCUAUGUCUAGGUUCUGCCAAGAGACUGAGUAUGAAGGCUGGGCUGAUCACGUUUAAGGAACAGGGUAGCGGUGCUGAGGUCGCAGUCGCGCACGAUGUACACAUCCACCGAGAGCCGUUCAUCGGGACACCGUAUGCCCACCAUCCCGUUGUCAGUAUCGUAAAUGGGAUGACUUUCAUCUUAGCCCAGCUACCCGACCUCGAAACCCUGGCACAACAGACAGCUAACUUAGUUGGGACCUCGAACACAUACACCGCCAAAUCCUCCCUCGAUGAAAACUGGCGUCAUGGCAUCGUCGUCAGCUACUUCUUCGUCGACCUCGGGAUCACUCCCUCUACCCCCUGGACUCGCAGGCUACGCACCCGCAGCCUCGGCUCGCGCGAGGAUCCCGGGACGGGCAGCGCCGCGUCCGGUCUCUGCGCGUACCUAAGCUUGAAGGAAGGUGAGGAAGGGCCGUUGACGAAACGGUACGAGAUAAUUCAGGGCGUGGAGAUAGGGAGAAAAAAUGAGAUUAAGGUCCAGGUUACGCUGAAUCAAGAUAGAAAAAGCGUGGAGGAGAUCCUAUUGAGUGGGGAUGCGGUUAAGGUCUUGGAGGGACAGGUUCCCAUUCCGGUGGCAUCGGCUAGGGUUCGUCUAGAGUAGACUGGAGGUUACGAUGGGAAAGCUGAAACGAGAUAGAGAUGGGAUUAUCUAC